AUGUCCACUGGUGCAGACACAGCAGCGGGGGAGGGGCUCGCGGGUCGACGUCCUUCACUGAGCGCCGCGGCGGCUGUGCGGCUCCAGAGUCAGUCUCGCUCGGCGUCUCAGCUGGUUCGAGCAAAGGCCCUGAAGGUCAUCUCGAGACAUGCUGUCAAUGUCAAGAUGGAGACAAUGAGCUGCACACCCCCAGAGUGGUUCUCCGCCUCCCGGGAGGUCCAUGACGUGACUGCGGCGGACGUCGAACCCAGCGACUCCGAGUCGCGGCGCGCGGAUUGUCACUUCGCGUCACUUUUUGUUUCCAUUUCCUCUUCGGGGUUGCGUCAGACAACUGUGCUGCGCAGGGUAGAUGGCAGCACGCACCGCGGCCUCGUGAAGCAGUCGGCCGGUGGAGUGGGCAGGAACAUGGCGGACGCUCUGGGCAAGAUGAACGUGUCUCCUCGGCCGCUGCUGGUGACCGCGCUGGGGGCAGACGCGAUGAACGCAGUCGUCCUCCGCUCUUUGCGGCAUUUGGACCAGGAAGGCGUCGCCGUGCUCGAAGACGAGCGCACUGCGUCUUACGCCCUCGUGCUGAACAGUAAGGGGGAAUGUCUGUUCGGAGUGGGCGACAUGGACAUCCACAGACGCUUGGAUCAGCAGGUAAAGAAUUUUGAGCAGCAGCUGACGCACAGUCCUCUGGUGGUGAUGGAUGGGAACUUGCCAGAGAAGACCAUUCACCACGUGCUGAGUGUCUGCAGGGGUGCCAGCGUGCCAGUCUGGUUUGAACCAACCGACAUCAGGAAAGCUUCUCUACCGUUCAGCAGCGACUUGUGGAAAGGUCUUCAUUUUGUUUCACCAAACAUCAAUGAACUUCGCAUCAUGUGCCAGGCUGCAGGAAUAGCAGUUGGAGAAAGCAGAAGUUGUAACAGGGACUACCUGCUAGAAGAGGCGUGUGCUCUGUCAGUAGCACUAGCAAAACACAUCGCCGUUGUUAUUGUCACCCUAGGAAAGUUAGGACUGGUGGUAGCUCGGCGAGGAGAUGCUAGGGACGUGUUGAUGCAGGAGGGAGGACGCAUGCGCGGUCGCGGAGAUGACGCGCUAGCGCCCGUGUCCGCUCGCGUGUACUCGGUUCCCGAGGCCCGUGACGUGGUCAGUGUGUCUGGUGCCGGCGACUGCCUGGCGGCCGGAUUCAUCGCGGGGGUGCUGUCACGCCUGUCGGAAGAACAGUGCGUAGCCGUGGGCGUGUGCGCAGCCAGACUGUCACUGCGGAGCGCGUCUGCCGUGCCGGCGAGGCUCUUCGAUGUGCGGAAGUGGGCGGGACACGCUGCCUCGGUACCCUACUAUACUCACACAAGCUAACAAGAGUUCUUUCUUAGCCUCUGGACCGUUGGAGCAAACCACUGAUUUUUUUUUGUCCUGGAAGGCUCUGGGGUAUUUGAAGCUGGACUCACAGUGAUCCAUCCGUCACGUGACCUCGAUUCAGUCAGGUGCCCGAAAAAAUUCCAACCGUCCAUCCGUACUUUUGUCUAAAGCUUGCCUGGUAUAACCUUCGAUGGACAAAAUUAUAACCUCUGAAAUGUUUGCAAAGUAUUGCUUAUCAACUCUUUAUCUUAAAUUUUUUUUUCAGUUUACUUAUUGGUGUAACUGCUUCCAGAACAUGUUUUAACUUGCAUUAAAAAAAAUCUUUAAAUUUUGAUAUCAGAUACAAAAAUUGAACGAGAUACUACAUAAGUGUAAUUAUUUCCGUACAGUAUCUGAAGCUGCAUAAAUAAUGUCAGAGAGAAAAAAUGGAGUUAAAAGAUUUAAAAGUGCUUGCUUUCUGGAAUUCUCAAACUAAUCUACCUUUACAAAAAAAAAAUUUUUUUCACUAAAUUUAAGACUUCUAGUCAGUUAGCAGCCUUAAAGGGAAUAUUAUAAUGACAAACGGAUAGAGUGAAUUAAAUUGCUUGAAUGGUUGACGAACAAAUGGGUGGCAUAAGAUUGGUCAUUGAGAGUCCACCUUACUGAAGUGUGAUCAUUAAGAAGAAAAAGAUUUUGGCACUUUUUAAGAACAUUUAUGAAUUUUAAUUUUAAUGCAUUUACAUAUGUAUAAUGGAAAAUAAAAACAAAUGGCAUUUUUCUGUUUA